GCAAUUAAGGAGCACUCGAGGUUGCGAAGCAAAAUCCACGGGCACUAACAACUCAGUGUUGGGAAAGUAUAGCAGGGAACAAAAAAACACCAUCGCCUCUUCAUUUCUUUCGAGCCAGUGCUCGAAAGAUUAAACGGGUCAGUCUCUACUGGGCUUCCAGCUGAGCUGAACGACGGGAGAGUUUCGCUACAUAAUCGUGAUUGGCCAGCAGAGGGGCUAAACCUCCGUUUGCCACCCACAGAAAGGAGAACAGUGGUACCUCACGCUGUUUUGGCGCACACAGAGAACGUGCGCUUUCGGCCAUUUUUGCCCACUUAUGGCAAACUAAACCGAUAACAACAACAAAAAAAAAACCAGCCGACUGCAUUGCAAGGCAUAUUAUCCUUUCAGCAAUCGAUUCAAGAAAAUUCGGGAAAAGGCAUUCCACUGGUGAUCUGCUGGCUCUCCGAAACUGCGCGCGGGUGCCGAGCCCUGGCGGGCAGGAAAAUCUACUCCCGCUUGUUCCCGCUUAUGUAUAUAGCAGCCGGCCGUGACGCCAUGUUCCGGUUUUGACGCAACGGUGGUAACAGCCGCAGCAGCACAGCCCCAGGAGGAGGAGGAGGAGGAGGAGGAGGAGGAAGUGCAAGUGCAAGCCAGAGGAAGGAGGCAGUCCACCAGCUCUCUCGGAAGAGGAAGGUGCUGACAAGCGGCGCAACAGAUGGCUAAGAACUAACAAGUUAUGUUCAAGACUAUGUUGGCUCAGCUUCCUACAACCAUAAAUGGAGGCCCAAAUAUGUGGGCCAUCACUUCUGAAGAAAGAAAGAAAUAUGAUAAACAGUUUAACAGCCUUAAGCCAGUUGGGAAUUAUAUUACAGAUUCUGUCUCUGGAUAAGGGAACAGACAUCUACAAAUGCUGAAGAGAAAAGCCGUUGAAUAGCAGUCAUGAUCCCUUUUAUCCAUGGUGUCCCUCUGGUGAUCAAGCACGAAUGUUUUUUUUACAGUCAGGUUUGUCAAGUCCGGUUUUGGCUGAAAUAUGGGCUCUUAGUGACCUGAAUAAAGAUGGGAAAAUGGAUCAGCUGGAGUUCUCCAUAGCUAUGAAACUCAUCAAACUGAAACUGCAAGGCCAGUCCUUGCCUAUGGUGCUUCCUCCAAUCAUGAAACAGUCUCCAGCAUUUUCUCCCUUGAUUUCUGCUCGUUUUGGUAUGGGCAGUAUGCCAAAUCUGUCUACGGUGGUGCCUUUGGCUCCCAUGUCCAAUCUGACAUCUGUACCUUCCAUUUCUCCCAUGGUGAUUUCGACCCCACUGUUGCCUUCUGCCAGCCCUCAAUCAUUGCCAAAUGGAACCUCCAGCCUUCUUCAGCCAUUAGCUAUGUCCUACUCUUCCACUUUGCCUCAUUCUAGUUCAUAUACUCCCAUGAUAAGCGGAUUUGGUGGUUCCAACAUUCAGAAAACUCAGUCCUUGAUAGAUUUAGGAUCUAGUAGUUCAAAUUCUUCUUCUACUACCUCAUUAACUGGCAAUUCACCAAAGACAGGAUCUUUAGAUUGGGCAGUUCCUCAGGCUUCAAGAUUAAAAUACAGGCAAAAAUUUAAUAGCCUUGAUAAAGGAAUGAGUGGAUACCUUUCAGGAUUUCAGGCAAGAAAUGUUCUUCUACAGUCAAACUUAUCUCAGACACAGUUAGCUACUAUCUGGUCUCUGUCUGACACUGACGGUGAUGGACAGCUGAAAGCAGAGGAGUUCAUCUUAGCUAUGCAUUUAACUGAUAUGGCCAAAGCUGGGCACCCACUCCCUCUAACUCUGCCUCCUGAGUUUGUGCCCCCUUCUUUGAGAAGUGGAAAGCCUUUGGAAAAUACUAACUGUGCUCUGCCAACAUAUCAACAAGAAGAAGAACCUCCCCAGAAACUUCCAGUUACCUUUGAGGAUAAGAGGAAGGCCAACUAUGAAAGAGGCAACCUGGAGCUGGAGAAACGGCGCCAGGUGCUCCUCGAGCAGCAGCAGAGAGAGAUGGAACGAAAAGCCCAGAAGGAAAGAGAAGAAAAGGAGCGAAGAGAAAGGGAGAGGAAGGAACUGGAGCGGAAGAAACAACUCGAGCUGGAAAGGCGCUUGGAAAAACAACAAGAGAUGGAGAAACAGAGGGAGGAAGAACGGAAAAAAGAGAUUGAAAGACGGGAGGCAGCUAAACAAGAACUUGAGCGUCAAAGACGGCUUGAAUGGGAGAGGAUUCGUCGUCAAGACCUUCUUAAUCAACGUAAUAGAGAACAGGAGGAAAUUGUGAAGUUAUCUUCUAAAAAAAAGAGCCUUAAUCUUGAACUAGAUGCACUGAAUGACAAAUACCAACAGAUCUCUGGAAGACUAGAAGAUGUUCGUAACAGAAAACAAAAACAUAAAAACGAGUUUGCCAAUCUAGAAAACAAAUGUGAUAUGGGAAUUAUUGAAAUCAAGCAAUUGGAACAACAGCUUCAAGAAUAUCAGAAUAAGCUGAUUGCUCUUGUUCCUGAGAAACAACAGCUGAGUGAGAAAAUAAAUCACAACAAGAUGAGCAACUCUUUUGAUACACAUCUAAAUUCACUGCAGAAGAAAUCAUCAGAAAAAGGAGAAUUAUGCCAAAAACUUCAGGAACAACUAGAUACACUAGAAAAAGAAACCACUUCCAAGCUGUCAGAAAUUGAUAUUUUUAAUAAGCAGCUCAAGUGUGAGACUAUGGAUGCUUCUAUUCUUCAGUGCCUUUUAUAUCUGCUAAGCUGUCUCAACAACCUCUUCCUCUUACUUAAGGAACUAAGAGAAACUUACUGCACACAGCAGAAAGCGCUUGAACAGCUCCACAAAAUCAAACAUGAAAAAAUUCAAGAACUGGAAAGAAAAAGAACUGAGUUUGCUUUGAAAAAAAGUAUAGAAGAUGAGACCACACGAAAAGCAAAACAGGAAAAGGAGAACUUGUGGCAAGAAACCAUCAGGAAGGAAGAAGAAGAAAGAAAAAAGCGUCAGAAAGAAGAUCGAAUGCAGGAAAAGAUCCAUGAGGAAAAACAAAGGGCUGAGGAGGCCAUUGCACGAGAGAGGGAGAUCCAGAAACAAAAACUGAUAGAGAAAUUUGAAGAGGAAAGACAAAAUAAACAAACAGUAAUUCUAAGAGAGACUGAACAGCAAAGGCAGAAACAAAAGGCAGAAGAAAAAAAAAGACAGGAGAAGAUUGCAAAAGAAGCUGAGGAAAAGCUUAAACGAUUUGAAGAAGGGAAGAAAAGAAAAGAUAUUUUUAAUUCUGAGAAAUCUGUUUCCCACUUAAAUGAGAAAAACGUAAAUGUUCUUAAACAAACAAAGGGAAAUCUGAAGCCUGUCCUGAAAAAUGAAGGCCAUGCAGUUAGUGCUGCUGAUUCAAAGACAACAGUAGGCUUUGUGAAUUAUAGAGCUUUAUAUCCAUUUGAAGCCAGGAAUCAAGAUGAGAUAAGCUUCCAUUCCGGAGAUAUUAUUGAGGUUGCUGAGAAAACUGAAGGAGAACCUGGCUGGUUAUAUGGAUGUUUUCAAGGACAUUUUGGCUGGUUUCCAUGCAAUUAUGUAGAGAAAAUACCUGAAAACGAGAAAGCCGUUUCACUUCCCAAGAAAGCCUUACUUCCUCCGACAGUCUCUGUACCAGCUACUUCAGUUCCUCUAGAAGUACAUUCACCCAGUAAACCAGCAGACGAAGCAGAGUACCAAAAUGUAUCUUUUGCAAAUUUAAAUCCUAGCUCAUGGCAGAAAAAGUCUGCCUUUACUCGCACUGUUUCCCCAGGAUCUGUUUCUCCCAUCCAUGGACAGGGACAAGCUGUAGAAAACAUAAAAGCACAAGCACUUUGCUCUUGGACUGCAAAAAAAGAUAAUCACUUAAACUUUUCAAAAAAUGACAUAAUUACUGUGCUGGAGCAGCAAGAAAAUUGGUGGUAUGGAGAAGUUGGUAGAAGAAGAGGAUGGUUUCCCAAAUCCUACGUGAAGAUUUUGCCUGGAAAUGAAUGCCAAAGAGAGGAACCAGAAGCUGUUUAUGCAGUUAUAAAUAAGAAUCCUUCCACAUCAACUUGUGUUUCAGAAUAUACAGCACUAUAUUCUUAUUCAAGUUCUGAGCCUGGUGAUUUAACCUUCACUGAAGGUGAAGAAAUAGUAGUGAGUCAGAAAGAUGGGGAAUGGUGGACUGGAAGAAUUGGUGAUAGAAGUGGAAUCUUUCCUUCAAACUAUGUCAAACCAAAGGAUCAUGAUACUUCUCCUCCAGCUAGCAAAACAGGAACAUUAAAUAAAAAACCUGAAAUUGCUCAAGUUACAACAGCCUACACUGCAUCAGGAACAGAACAGCUGAGUCUUGCUCCUGGACAGCUGAUUGUAAUUUUAAAGAAAAAUUCUAGCGGAUGGUGGCAGGGAGAAUUACAGGCAAGAGGGAAAAAAAGACAAAAAGGAUGGUUUCCUGCUACUCAUGUGAAACUGUUAGGUCCCAGCAAUGAAAAGGCUAUGCCAGCUGUUCAUCCAGUGUGUCAAGUGAUAGCAAUGUAUGACUACUCAGCAAACAAUGAAGAUGAGCUCACUUUUUCUAAGGGGCAGCUUAUAAAUGUACUGAACAAAGAUGAUAUGGAUUGGUGGCAAGGAGAAGUCAAUGGCAUUUAUGGCCUCUUUCCUUCAAACUAUGUGAAGAUGACUGUAGACUCUGAUCCAAGUCAACAGUGGUGUGCUGAUCUUCAGAGCCUUGACACAAUGCAACCCAUGGAACGGAAAAAGCAGGGUUAUAUACAUGAGUUGAUCCAGACAGAAGAAAAAUACAUGGAUGACCUUCAACUUGUCUUAGAGGUUUUCCAGAAACAAAUGACUGAAGCAGGCUGCCUCUCAGAAGCUGAAAUGGGGUUGAUCUUCGUCAACUGGAAAGAGCUCAUCUUGUGUAAUACAAAGUUAUUGAAAGCCCUUCGGGUGCGUAAGAAGACUGGGGGGGAAAAGAUGCCAGUACAGAUGAUUGGUGACAUCUUGGCUGCUCAGUUAUCUCAUAUGCAAGCCUAUAUUCGAUUCUGUAGCUGCCAGCUUAACGGAGCUGCCUUAUUACAGCAAAAAACAGAUGAAGAGCCAGAGUUCAAAGAUUUUUUGAAAAAAUUGGCCUCAGAUUCCCGCUGUAAAGGCAUGCCCCUGUCCAGCUUCCUCUUGAAACCGAUGCAGAGAAUUACUCGCUACCCUCUGCUCAUCAAGAGUAUUCUGGAGAAUACCCCUGAAACUCACCCCGAUCGCAAUAAUCUGAAGCAGGCUCUCGAGCGUGCUGAAGAAUUGUGUUCCCAGGUGAAUGAGGGGGUGCGUGAGAAGGAGAAUUCAGACAGGCUUGAAUGGAUACAGUCCCAUGUCCAGUGUGAAGGACUUGUUGAGCAACUGAUUUUCAACUCACUGACCAACUGUUUGGGACCACGGAAACUUCUGCACAGUGGCAAGCUUUAUAAGACAAAGAGCAACAAAGAACUCUAUGGUUUUCUCUUCAAUGACUUCCUGCUUCUCACCUACAUGGUGAAGCAGUUCGUCUCUACAGGAUCAGAUAAACUGUUCAGCCCCAAAUCAAAUUCUCAGUUUAAAAUGUACAAAGUGCCUAUUUUUCUUAAUGAAGUCCUAGUGAAAUUGCCAACUGACCCUUCUAGUGAUGAACCAAUUUUCCACAUCUCACAUAUUGACCGAGUCUACACACUGAAAACAGACAAUAUUAAUGAGAGAACUGCCUGGGUCCAGAAAAUUAAAGGAGCUUCAGAACAAUAUAUUGAAACUGAAAAAAAGAAACAUGAAAAGGCUUACCAAGCUCGAUCACAAAAAAGCUCAGGAAUAGGACGUUUGAUGGUACAUGUGAUUGAAGCAACAGAAUUAAAAGCCUGUAAACCUAAUGGAAAAAGCAAUCCAUAUUGUGAAGUUAGCAUGGGAUCUCAAAGCUACACUACCAGGACACUGCCAGAUACCUUGAACCCCAAAUGGAACUUUAACUGUCAAUUCUUCAUCAAAGAUCUUUAUCAAGAUGUAUUGUGUAUCACCAUGUUUGACAGGGAUCAGUUUUCACCUGAUGAGUUUUUGGGUCGCACUGAAGUUCCUGUAGCCAAAAUCAGGACAGAGCAAGAAAACAAGGGACCUACAGCUAAACAUUUACUACUGCAUGAAGUACCAACAGGGGAAGUUUGGGUACGCUUUGAUUUACAGUUAUUUGAUCAGAAAACACUUGUUUAAAGGAAGAAAAUGUGUUUUAUUUAUAACAGCCAAGACCAGCAUAGAUCAUUGAACUACUUUUACUGGCAUGUUUUACAAAUGGUAUUUUAAUAUAUACUGCUGCAAAAUCAUUUUGCCUAGUCACACGAACAUUGUUUCUCCAAGUAUAUGUUAUUUAGCUCUGUGCUUUGCACUCCUGUGUUGGUGGCAAUCUAUGCAAUAUACUGUAUAUGAGAUAAUAUAAGACAGUGCCUUUCUUUAUUGAAAGUAAAUAUUUUUACAGUAAAUGCCAGUGUUUAUUUCAGAUUCCUUUUAAGCAUUACCAAGGAAUCUUGACAAUUUAAAAUGUUUGAAAUCGCUCCGCUUAGAUUUCAAUGAACCAUAGGAUAUUUUAGUUCGGGGCUAAAAUCAUUCCUCAGGUUCAAAAACUGGAGUCUGGUUGACCCUUAUCUCAGGAUAUAAUUGUAGAAGAAGUUUCAGCACUUCAGGAUCCUUUCAAGAUUCUAUAUUGACAAAAAGUGCAGCCUUUUAAAAACUUGCUUCUGUUUUAAAAAGGAAAUAAAAUCUCUCUCUCUCCAGUUCUUUUAAUAAUUUUGCAAACUUACCAAGGUUUUUUGGUGGUAAAUAAGUGAAAUUAUUUUGUCUAAUGUGGGACAUAAUGAUAUGGGUUAUGUGACUCAUCUGCAGAAACAAACCACCAAAGCACUCUCUAAAGCCACUGCUUAAGGCAUCAGGAGACCACAUCCUCCUCAAGGUGGCCCAUCUGUAGCAAUCCCUGGAAAGUGUGCAUGUCCAGACAAUAAGGGAGCGGCUUUUGAAGCAGCCAUGCCAAGCCACCCUAAUGUUCAGAUAAUAAGGGAGUGGCUUUUGAAGCAGCCAUGCCAAGCCACCCUAAUGCUCAAGCUAUGGCUUCAGAGAACCAUGCUUCCAAACGAUUGGCCUAAUAAUGUUUUGAAAAGUGGAAUUUCAUGCAGAUCUCAGUAAAACAUGCAGCUAAAACAUGUCCAAGACAAAGAUUCCGAGGAGGAGGAAGUUAAUGUUACCUUGGGCUUUAUAAUAAAUAAAAUAAGCUGAUGAAUAUACUGUAAUUUCUCUACAUAUUAAUAUGUGGCAUAUUGUUUUUCUUAAGCCAGUUUUAUUGUAUUUUGGAAUGUAAAUGAGUAAGAAAGCAUCUAGGAAUGAAACCAUGCAAAAUUAUCAACGCUUUAAAACCAGUUACAUUUACCAUUGGAAUUGCUAUAUAGGAUUUUAUGGAAUUCAAGUCGAGAGUAUUCAUCCAAACUCCUCUGGUAUGGCUUUACUAAUAGAGCCUGAGCACAGCUAGUUUUUAUUUAUUUGCAAAUUUUUAAAAUGUGCUGCUAUUGAGCCAUGCUCUUUAUUGUGAAGGGUUCCUCUUUAUAGAAUGUAAGGGUUGAGUAAGAGCUGUAUAUUUUGAAUAUGCAUCUCAGAUAUAUGUAUUAUUUUUAAUUUAAAACAAUGAGUGAAAUUGUAUGCCUUAAGUGCUGCCUUUCCAUGUAGCUAAGUGAACUGCAAACCUGAGAAACAGUUUUCUGAAAUGCAUUUUUAUUAAUAUGAAAUAAAAAACGUUGUUCCCAAAGUAUAUAUUCAAUUAAUUGAAAUUAAACACAUUGUAUAAA